AUGGCUCCGAGUUACUUUUUCACUUAUAAAGAAGUGUGUUCACGCCCUCUGGCAAUUUGUCAUUUAUAUAAUGGUCCGCAGGGCAGGGUCAAGAAUCAACCUCAUUCAACGAACCUAAUACUCUUUGGCCUACCUCCUAGUUCUCCUACAAUCAUCAACGAAUGGGGCAAAGAAGUUGGUCAACUGGCUGGACCAUAUGAGGAAGGUGGUGAUUUGAAACUUAACUGUAUCGUUAAAGGAGGAAAACCCAAACCUAUGAUAAAAUGGUGGCACGAAGGAAAAUUAAUUGAUUCCGCGGAAACUCACAGCAGCACUGAAAACGUGCUGACUAACCAACUGACUAUAAGAGACUUGCAAAGAUUUCACCAACAUGCCACGUUCACUUGCCAAGCUUCAAAUAACAAUAUCAGUCAGCCUUUGUCCGCAACAACAUCGAUCAAUAUUUACUGUUUUUCCCCGGCAGUACGAUUAAAAGUGCUAAAGUGUUCAAGCGAACGGUUCAGUCGAGAGUGUCCAACUGACAAGAUGAACGGUCGAGGCUACAGUUUUUUCGAUGUGAUCAGCAGAAGGAAAGAAAAGGUUAGAGAAGACGACGAGAAUCUGGAGGUGGGGACAGAGAACGAGAGUUUGGAAAAGAUGAGAGAGGACGAUGACGUGGAAGAGGGGACAGAAGGCGAAGAGAAUCUGGACAUGGGGACAAAGCACGAGAAUUUGGAGGAUAUUACAGAGGACGAAUACGUGGAAGAGGGCAAUAAUGGCUCCGGAAGGCUAUCUGGUACCAGUGAUUUCAAGGAGAAAGAUGAUUAUUUAACUUUAUCACAAGUGAGAAAUGCUGACGAUGGAAACUUGACUACCUCAACUCUAACCUUUAUUCCCACUUUACAAGACAACGGCCGAACUCUUACAUGCCGAGCUAUAAAUCCAAAGGUUAAAAAAGGAAUAGAAGAAACGAGCUUACAGCUUAAUGUCUACUACGUUCCUAUUUUGCAAUUGUCUCUGGGCCCGAGCCUAAAUCCAGACGAUAUAGAGGAGGGCGAUGACGUCUACUUUGAAUGCAAAGUCCAAGCAAAUCCGUCGGCUUACAAAGUUGUGUGGAGACACGAUAAUCAAGUGAUGCAGGCAAAUCAAAAGGCCGGCGUUAUAAUUAGUGCGACAGACCUGGCUCUUCAGGGAGUUUCGAGAAGCCAAGCGGGAAAUUACUCGUGUGUCGCGUCGAACGUUGAGGGUGACGGAGACAGCAACAUUGUCCAGCUAAAAAUAAUGUACAAGCCGAUUUGCAGAAGAAGUCAAAAAAUUAUAUACGGGGUUGCCCGACAUGAAGAUGCAAAAAUUUUGUGUGAAGUUGAAUCAUACCCACCUCCGGAUAGUUUUAGUUGGUCGUUUAAUAACUCGGCAGAAACUAUGGAAGUACCGCAGACCAGAUACAAUUCCGCAGAGUAUCGUUUUUCUUCGACGUUGACGUAUACUCCUGUAACAGAACUAGAUUAUGGAACAGUGAUGUGCUGGGCUAACAACCUAGCAGGCAGACAGCAAGAGCCAUGCAUAUUUCAUAUCAUCGGCGCAGGCAAACCUGACCCUUUGCACAACUGUUCCAUUGUCAACAGGACUAACGACUCUCUGGAAGUAGAAUGCACCGAGGGAUUCGACGGCGGACAACCCCAAUACUUUCUUCUAGAGAUUUUAAAUGGAGAAAGGCAUGGGCCAUUUGACUGCUCUUUGGUUGAUAUGAGAAUUAUUAACGAAAACAGAAGCGGCUUUUAUAGUGAAUAUACUUUACAAUGUCAAAUGUGUCUAGUUACAAAAAUUAUUACCAGUGAAGAAAAAUCACAUUCUAACCUGGACGUUAACUCCUCUAUGGUUUUGGGUACCUUAUCUGCUGGGCUUGGCUACUCGCAGAUUAAUGAAAUAGCUGCCUCCCUGAAUAUGCCACCGAUGACUUCAAACACUUUCAAUAAUCAUCACGAAAAAGUGGCAGAAAUAAUAAUCAGAGAAUCUGCUUGGAAAAGUAUGGAAGAAGCAGCAGCUGAAGAAGCCAAAAUAGCCAUAGCGGAGGGUGACGUAGAUGCCAAUGCUUCUUCUGGUGUGGAGCUAAAAAAAGAUCCGGAGGAAAUAAGAGACAUUGAAAAAUCCACUAUAGGUCAGGCCUCCAACCCAAAAUGGUUACAAGAAAGGUACUUAGAAUCACAGCCUCAAAUUUUGGCAAAAUUUGAUCGCAACGAAAGUAAGGCACGAGCAAUUUUGGAAUUUGAAAAAAAAAACAAUUUACAAGUUGUACCUUGUGGGCUGUUUAUAGGGAAAAAGGAAUAUUAUUCAGCUGCAAGCCCGGAUGGUUUUGUUAUAGAAAAUAAUUUCCUAAUAGAGGUUAAAUGUCCCUUCACCAUGGCCAAAAUGGAUCCAACAGAAGGAAUUCAAACAGGAAAAAUUACUUUUGCCACUAUAGAAGAUGGUGCAUUGAAAUUGAAAAGAAACCAUAACUACUACUAUCAAGUACCAGGCCAGUUAGCUAUAGCUAACAAACAGUCAUGUUACUUUAUUAUCUGGAGUCCUUUCGGCAUUUUAGUUGAACAGGUUUACGACGGGAAAACUGGCGGAAUCCAGGCAAACGUUACAGCUAAAUUCCCGUUAUUUAUCGUGAGUGGUCUGGAUUCGGGAAGAGAACUGAAAAUGGUAAUCUACGCCGCAAACAGCAAAGGCCGAAGCGAUCCAGUACUGCUCGAAGGAUUUACACUAAAAGUGGCCGAGAAGCAGACAGUGCAUUUGUUGAGCACCCGCGAUCAAAUGGAAAUCGCUCCGGUGCUCGGGAUCCUGGUGGGCAUUGUGACUGCUUUAUUGCUUAUCACUGUCAUAAUUUUGGGAAUCCUCAAAAUCCGACAGUUAAGAAGAGAUGGCGGCGGAGGCUCAAGAGCUUUGAGGCCUCGUUUUCUGGCAGUCAAGGAUAAAGUUACGUUGCCUCUGCGAUCCGAAUCUGAGGAUUUGUUCGAGAAGGACGAGAAAAAUCCGGACGUUGUACCGUCAAAUAAAGAUUCGGACUAUCAGUUGGGUUCUGCAGCACAAACCCCAGGUCUCAACAAUUCUGUGAUCUCGGUUUCUGGAAAUCCAUCAAACGAUUUUGGCAGAUCAACUUCGCCAAUUAUUUCACCAACCCAAUUGCAAAAUAUGACUCCGCUGGCUGAGGCCUAUUUGGCACGAAGUAAAAAUUUCGCAUCACCAAACACCUCCAACAACGAAAUAGUAUACGCAGAGCUACAGCUGGCAAGGCCCAAUUCUCUGGAUCCGAUCAUCAAAAAUGGCGGACAACAAUUUCUACAGACUCAACAGUACGCCACGUUACGAAAAGGUGACGAGUCCACAAUCUACACCCAAAUUGAUCACGGUAGAAGGCCACCACCGCCUAUUCCAAAUAGUCGAACUUCGCCAAUUAUUUCACCGGUAACGGCCAUAUUUCCCACCUCAAAACAGGGAUUAUAUCAUAGAGAAGUGGUCACGGUGCGGACUCCCUUGAUGGGGUGUCAACAAGAAAGCUGCGUUUAA